AUGCAGUCUGCGAGGAAGGCCUCCCGCUCGCCGCGAGCUGUCUCGACUGGGAAUCGAGAGGCUCGUCGGCCGGAAGGCAUGACGCGCUUCAAGCCUGUGCAGCCUGCCGGCUGGAUCCCGGGCGGAGCAGUUGCUCGCCGCAGCCUCGCCGGCUGGUAG